UUAUUGUGUUACGGUUAUUCGGAGAAGAACUGCAAGGCUGGCUGGUCAAGUCUUGUUUUGGUCAGUCGUGACAAUUGAAACAAUUGGAUUUUAGGGAAACUAGUGAAGACUAAAACUUAAAAAUUAGUGGUUUGAUGUAGGGCAAUACUAACAAUUCCACCUCGAAAUUAAGAAAAGGCCUGAAAUGUCUGAAGUUAAUUGGGAUCCGCCAACAGCCUCAUCAAAUUCCACCAAUUCCACGAUCUAUUUUGAUGCUGAAAAUGAAGCAGAUUCAGAUCAAGCUGAAGUCAGUUGCAGCACUACAGUUACAGAUAAUUUCAAUGGACAUGAAACGACGAAAAAUUUAACUGCAGACGAUGAUGGAACACAUUUCAUGCCAAUGGCCAGCGUUUGCAAGACGAUGACAGCAACAACACUAACGGAUGAGGAGGCAUCGGUCGAUAAACCACAAAGUGCAACAACAGCAUCAUCGUCCAGACCCCUGGCAAAAGCCUUGGACCUACAUGAAAGUGUGGACACAGAGGUGAACAUUAUGUCACACGAUCCCACAUGGAAGGGCCAAAAGAAGCAUAUUUUCAUUCUGAGUGAGGCUGGAAAACCCAUAUACUCAUUGCAUGGAAACGAGGAUAAGUUAGCCAUAUUAUUUGGUAUAAUACAGGCCUUGGUUAGUUUCGUUGAGAAUAGCCAAGAUGUCAUAACAUCAAUAAAAGCCAGGGGCAUACAAUUUGUGUUUAUGGUCAAGAGCAAUUUGAUUUUUGUGGCGGCAUCAAGGACACAUUUAAGUGUUGCCCAAUUGCAAAUGCAGUUAAACGAUGCUCACAAUCAAAUAAUAUCCACACUCACUUAUAGCCAAUUGACGAAAAUCUUCAAUCAACGUAAAAAUUUCGACUUGCGACGCCUGCUCGAGGGCAGUGAGCGACUAAUCAACAAUUUGCUUCUCAACGAUAGUAGUGGCAAAAAGAUUUCGAAUAAUGUGUUUGCAUUUCUCACCAAUUCAAUACGAAUUUUGCCGCUACAGUCCUCGGUAAGGACCUCCAUAUCACAGGCUAUCAAAGAAAAUUGUUCUAAAAUUAAAAAUUUAGUAUUUGCUAUAUUGCUAGCUCAGAAUAGAUUAGUAUCCUUAGUUCAAAUGAAGAAAUAUUCAAUACAUCCGGCGGAUUUAAGGCUGAUUGUAAAUUUAAUUGAAUGCUCGGAAUCAUUUAAACCUUCAGAGAAUUGGACACCCAUCUGUUUGCCCAAGUUCGAUAUGAAUGGCUAUUUGCAUGCACACGUCUCCUAUUUAGAAGAAAACUCGCCAGCUUGUCUUCUGCUGCUUUCCGUGGAUCGUGAUGCAUUUUUUGUUUUGUCCGAGGCCAAGCAGGCGAUAACUGAAAAACUCAAACGUUCACAAUGUAUUGAAGCAAUCAAUGAAGCUGUAAUGCAGACCACGAGAGGAAAACAACAACUAAACUCGAUUGGUAUUCCCGAAUUGAGGCAUUUCUUGUACAAACCCAAAUCGGCAGCCCAGAUUCUUUGCUCAGAAAUUGUUGCUCCCUAUACGAAUCUGUUGGACUUCGAACGUUUAGAAUCUUUGUACUGUGAUCUAUUGGAACGCAUACGUAACAGUAAACGCCCCCUCAAACUGAUACUGGAGACUAGAAGCAAUGAAGUGGCAUUGGCUUGGUCUACGGAAUACUAUGAGUUAUUCGUUGUCUUUGAUCCGCUAACACAGAAAAGUUCCGUCACCAAAGAUGUGGACAAGUUAAUCAAGUGGAUAGAAAAAGAGUACGAUACAUACUUCAUACGUACACAUCCAACGUUUUGAUGAUAACAAAUGGAAAUUUUAAAGAAAUUUAUUUAGUAUUUAGUUGAAAACAAAAAAGGAAAAAGUGGAAAAAGCUGAAGUUGAAUGAAACGCAACCAUAAGUAUUCUUGUAAACGAUAAACAAAUUGUGAUCUAAACUAUUAAAAAAACGACGAAAUACUAUUGUUCAACAUUAAAAAUUAAUGCUACUCUACAGAGAGGUAAGUGCAUUUUGCAUAUAUCGUAGCAUAGUCAACAAAUCAAAUCGGGGGGUUUGCAUAAUUGCUUAACUAUUCGUUGCAUCUAUUGUUGGGUGCAAAUAUAGUUGUUAUUUUUCUUUAGUUUCUCAUUCGAGUCUUGUUUCCAAAACACUUUCAACCCAACUGUAUGUAAGAAAUAUUCUCAAAUUGUAAAGAUGUAAGUAGUUAUUCUAAAUAAAUAAAAUGUACAAAACACUGUUUUUGGCUAA